AUGGAGUCUAGUGAAGAUGAACUGGAACUAAAAGGGAAGGGGCCAUUAGCAGCGACAAGGGAAGGGGCCAUUAGCGGCGACAAGGGGCCAUUAGCAGUGACAAGCUGGAGGGAAAUCAUAUGCGCGCUUUCUGGCGAUUCCCAACCGUUGGAUUGGGAAAGCAUCGUAGGGCCAAUAUUUGGUCUAAGAAUGGUCAACGUAUCAACACAUUUAGCGGCAACAUCGCCGCUAAAAGAAUCGUCUUUAAUGCCUUAUCACAGAAACAAACUCUAUCCGUUGGAUUAUUUGCAGAACCAAGGGUGA